AUGAUCGUUCGAUUUUUAUUAUGUUUGUAUAUCGUAGAAUUUUACGGCGUUCAUGUACAGGCUAGAACUGAUCAAGAGAUCAAAGCAUGGUUUUUCCGCGAAGGCAUGGACUGUAACAUUGAACACCCUAUAUCACCAAAAGAGAUGCUGGAGCUAAAGGAAAAUAAAAUACCUGAUACAAACAACGCUAAAUGUUUCGUUGCCUGCGUUUUCAAGAAAACCGGUAUGCUAGACAGCAAAGGCAUGUUUGAUGCAGAAAAUUCAAUAGCAAUGACACAAAAAGAUUUCGCUAAUGACCCGAACAGACUAGAAAGUUCCAAGAAACUUCUGGAAACCUGCAAGAAAGUGAACGACGAAACUGUAUCCGACGGUGAAAAGGGAUGUGAACGAUCAGUCCUUUUACAUAAAUGUUUUGUUGAAACUGCGCCUCAGCUGGGAAUAAAAUUACCAUAA